AUGCAUACUCCAUACCAGCUCCUAGUGGUUGCCAUUGUCCUCAGCGGCCUCGCCUCUGCCCUGCCAGGCGCAAGCGGUGACAAGACCUGGGCUAGCUCGGCCACCACCACUCCCUCUAGCUAUAGCGGUGGCUCUUCCAGCACAGGCUGGGGCUCCUCUUCAAGCACCCCCAAGGGGUAUGGAUGGGGCUCCUCUACCACUUCCUGCAGCGACAGCACGACCUACAUCCCGUCCACCGCAUACAGCACCAUCACGGAGGUCGUCUCCAACACGGGCUACAUCUCCAAGACGGAAUCCUCCGCUUUCACCACCACCGUCGUGACGACCGUGCCCACCGUCAUCGUCAUCACCACAACCGGCGAGUACACGGAGACCGACACCAUCACGCAGACCGGCGAGUCCACAACCACCAUCGAAAGCACCGCCAUCAUCCCCUCCGUCGUCACAUCCUGGACCACCGAGGUAUCCCUAUCCCUUCCCCUCAACCCCCCUUUCCUUCCUUACCAUCCCACUCCCCCCCCCCUCUCUCUCUCUCCCUCCCACUAG